AUUGUUUCGCAGCCAAACAGAGAACCUCAUGUUUCCGAAACUCGCCGCUUUCUUCAAUUGAAUGAACUUGCGCUCCAGUAACCUGAUGCGGCACCACACACUCACUUUCGAAAUACAGCCUUCGGCGACAACCGAUGCCCAGCGCCGCUGCUUCCCAUUAUUGACCGCCACACUAUAGAACUACUGCGCGCCUCCGUUUGCAACAACACCUUCAAACAUAGCGCUACCUCUAGGCUCGAGAUUACUGCGCACAGCACAGCUGAUUCUGCAGCACGUGAACCACCACGCCUUAGCCGAACACCAAGACACCAACGGCACACCAACUUCACGGUUCGCCGGGUUUGGUGUGCGGACCUUCUUGUCAUUUUUUUUAAGGAAUGGAUUCAAACGAAAACAGACAAAUUAUUGGGGAAGCUACCCAAGUCUCGGAUCAUUAUUUCUUUUGGAAAGCAAUUUUAAUUUAGCUCCUAUGCUAAAAUUCCACCAUUAAUAGCCGAAGAGAGCAUGACUCUCUGUCGUCCCUUUUUAAGGAUGCUCAGAAAGCCUCAGACAAAGCAGACACUGAACACUCUCAAACUCUACCAUUUCACAUACUACACGAGUCCUCCAUCUCAAUCACGUGCCAUUGCCGUUGACUCUAAACAUCCAUGUGCGCCUCGUGGCACAUGCAACAUUGAUCAUGCAUACCCCAUGUUCGGCAAAAGUACCCAGAAAGACCUUUCGAUAUGUAAUCACUUUCUUUUCGAAUACUCACGCACUGGCCGUAACCAGGAGGCUCUGAAUCUUUUUGUGGAACUCCACUAUUCGAGUUUACCUGUUGAUGGGUCAACCCUGUCGUGUGUGUUGAAGGUCUGCGGAUUCUUGUUUGAUCAAAAUGUGGGCAUGCAGGUGCAUGGUAAAUGUAUAAAAUCCGGGUUUCUUGAGGAUGUUAGUGUUGGGACUGCUCUUGUUGACAUGUACAUGAAAACAGAGGGUGUAGGAGAUGGGAGGAGAGUUUUUGAUGAGAUGGGUGAGCGAAAUGUGGUGUCAUGGACUUCGUUGCUUUCUGGUUACUCACGGAAUGGGUUGAACGUGCAGGCCAUAGAAUUGUUCUUUAGGAUGCAAGUUGAGGGAAUUAAGCCUAACCAGUUUACUUCUGCGACUGUUCUUGGAGCUUUGGCAGAUGAUGGUAUGCUUGAGAAGGGAAUUCAAGUUCAUUCUAUGGUUAUAAAAAAUGGUUUUGAUUCUACCACAUUUGUGUGCAAUGCUUUGAUUAAUAUGUAUUCAAAGUCAGGGAUGGUUGGAGAUGCUAGAGCUGUGUUCGAUGGCAUGGAUACCAGGGAUGAGGUUUCUUGGAACGGUAUGGUUGCAGGUUAUUUAACAAAUGGGAUUCUUGUGGACGCUCUUGAAAUGUUUUAUAAAAUGAGGCUUGUGGGCCUAAAGCUUACCCAGAUGAUAUUUGCUACCAUGAUUAGGCUAUGUGCUAAUCUUAGAGAAUUGGGUUUUGCAAGACAGCUUCACUGUUGUGUUUUGAAAACAGGAUAUGGAUUUGAUGACAAUAUCAGAACGGCCCUUAUGGUCACUUACAGUAAAUGCAGUGUUAUGGAUGAUGCGUAUCAACUGUUUUCUAGGAUGCAUGGUGUCCAGAAUGUGGUGUCAUGGACGGCCAUGAUCAGUGGGUACUUGCAGAAUGGUGGAAGAAGGCAAGCAGUUAAUUUAUUUUGCAAAAUGGCCAAGGAAGGUGUUAGACCAAACCAUUUCACUUAUUCUACUAUCCUUACAGCUCAACCAGCUAUUUCUAUCUUCCAAGUACAUGCACAAGUCGUUAAAACUAAUUACGAGAAAUCACCUUCCGUAGGAACUGCACUCUUAGAUGCUUACAUUAAGUUAGACUAUGUUGAUGAAGCUGGAAAAGUAUUUGAAUUAAUUGAUGAAAAGGACAUUGUGACAUGGUCAGCAAUGGUAGCUGGAUAUGCUCAAAGAGGAGACACAGAGGGAGCUGUUAAAACUUUUCUCCAGUUGGCAAAAGAGGGGGUAGGACCCAAUGAGUUUACCUUUUGCAGUGUCAUUAAUGCCUGUGCUGCACCUGCAGCAGCAGUAGAGCAGGGGAAACAAUUUCAUGCGUGCUCAAUCAAAUCAGGACUACAUAAUGCUUUAUGUGUAAGUAGUGCCCUUGUUACCAUGUAUGCCAAGAGAGGAAAUAUUGAGAGUGCAAAUGAAGUUUUCAAGAGGCAAGAUGAAAGAGACUUGGUUUCAUGGAACUCGAUGAUCUCUGGAUAUGCACAACAUGGUCAUGGGAAGAAGGCUCUUGAGGUCUUUGAGGAAAUGAGAAGAAGGAACAUAGAAAUGGAUGAGAUAACAUUCAUUGGAGUGAUUUCUGCAUGUACUCAUGCUGGUUUAGUGGUUGAAGGUCAAAGAUACUUUGACAUGAUGGUCAAAGACCACCACAUUGAUCCAACAAUAGAGCAUUAUUCUUGUAUGGUUGAUCUGUAUAGCCGUGCAGGACUGCUUGAAAAGGCCAUGGAUAUCAUAAAUCAGAUGCCAUUCCCUGCGGGUGCAACUGUGUGGCGAACUCUCUUGGCUGCUUGCCAUGUUCACCGCAAUUCAAAGCUGGGAAAACUUGCAGCAGAAAAGCUCAUUUCACUUCAGCCACAAGAUUCAGCUGCUUACGUCUUACUAUCCAAUAUUUAUGCUGCGACAGGAAAUUGGAAAGAAAAAGCUAUGGUAAGGAAGUUGAUGGAUGUGAGAAAUGUAAGAAAGGAAGCUGGGUACAGCUGGAUUGAGGUAAAAAAUAAGACCUACUCAUUCUUGGCUGGUGAUCUUUCACAUCCCUUGGCGGAUCGUAUUUAUUCCAAACUUGAGGAGUUAAAAAUCCGGUUGAAGGAUGCUGGAUAUCAGCCUGAUACAAAUUACGUGCUUCAUGACGUUGAAGAGGAACACAAAGAAACAAUCCUUUCUCAACACAGUGAGAGGCUGGCCAUUGCUUUUGGAUUGAUCACUACAACUCCCGGUACCCCGAUCCAGAUUGUAAAGAACCUUAGGGUCUGUGGAGACUGUCAUACUGUUAUUAAGCUAUUAUCAAAGCUUGAAGCUAGAGAUAUUGUUGUGAGGGACUCGAACCGGUUCCACCACUUUAAAGGUGGUUUAUGCACAUGCGGGGACUAUUGGUGACACUCCAUUUGGAAAAUGGAUUUUAUAUGAAGUUUUCUGAUGGCUUCUCAUGUGAAGAAUAUUCUUCUUGGGCAAAGGAGCUAUACAACUUUUACACUUUCCAAUUCUGUUUUCGAAACCACAUUGCAAAGAAUUGCUCACAUUGGCAAUCUUUAGGCUUACCAAGCAACAUAAUUGACAUGUUGCCUUGGGCAGAUUUCUGAAGUGAUUGUGAAAGUGAUGGUCAUUCACAUUGAAGAAAGAAGGAACAAGUACUAAUUUUUAAAAAUUUGUAAAGUUUAAGUACUUGAGUGGAUAUCAGAGGGAAUUUGUGCCAUUUUGGAAAAGAGUUUGAUAUCUUCAUUCAUGCUAAUUGUUUUGCCCCAUGAAGUCUGAAAGUAAUUUCCCCAUUAUGCUCACAACAUGUUGGCUUAAGAGGCAUGUGGAAAUAACCUUCAGGCGUUGCACCAUUGCUGCAGAGAAAAUUGAUGAUGUCAUGGGAAUUAAAAUCAUAUACAAGUCCAGGAUUGAAUGCUGCAGCUGGGUUGAUGUGUCCAGAUCCAUAGUCAAAAGGCGUGGUGGGAGAGCCAUUUGGAUCCCUUCCUAUGGCAUGUCGAGUGUUGUCUAGGACCAUUGCUGUGAAGCCAUAGAUAUUGGAUAAUCAGAGACUGGAGUAAAUUACAAUUUCUGAUAUUAUAAUGUUGGCACAACUUACCUGUUGUCAUUAUUGCAGACAUUAUGGCUGCUGGACUCCAGGAAGGUUGGUAAGAUUUUAACAUUGCUGCAACUGCAGAAACGUGUGGGCAAGACAUUGAGGUGCCGGAGAUUAUGUUAUAAUUGACAGAUCGUUCAGCUGUAGCUUUAGUUGCCACUGGAGACCAUGCUGCCAAAAUAUUCACUCCAGGUCCUGUGAUAUCUGGCUGCAGUUGGAAUUUUUACUUUUAGCCACAGUAAGGAUCCAAGGCGCAACGUUGGUAGCAGUCUGUGGUAAACCUGAGUUUCCCGCGGAAGCUGAAACUAGAAUCCCUCUUUGGAAUGCAUGGAAAGUACCAAUAGAGAUCGCAUUUUCAAAGUAAAUAGGCUGGGGAGGAACUGGGCCAAGGGAAAGAGAGAGGAUAUCAACACCAUCACCAAUGGAAUCAUCCAGGGCAGAAAGAAUGUCAGCAUCGCUGCACAGGUCAAACCAACACGCCUUGUAGAUGGCAAGUCUGGCAUUUGGUGCACCACCUCUUGCAGUGCCGCUAGCCAUACCAAAUAAGCUGACAUUUGCUACCAUGGAUCCAGCUAUUGUUGAGGCAGUGUGUGAUCCAUGCCCAUCACUAUCUCGAGCUGACCGGAAGAAUGGGAGGUUAAAAGAUUCAAGAGGCCCAGACUCUGCUUCAAACCCUUGUGAAUAGAACCGGGCACCUAUAAUCUUCCUGAAAAUUCAAGCCCUGAUGAAUGGUAAGCCUCACGGUGAGGUACUUGCAUUCAAAAUAUUGGUUCAGGUGUUUAAUAUUUCAGUAAGAAUUUUGUGUCAAUCAUGGGAGUGGAUUCUUUGAUGUUUGAGGUGUUUUGGUACCUGCUUUAUUGAAUUUCUAUUUUGCUUAUCAAA